AUGAGCUCUUAUUUUGUAAACUCAUUUUGCGGUCGCUAUCCAAAUGGCCCGGACUACCAGUUACAUAAUUAUGGAGAUCACAGCUCGGUGAGCGAGCAAUACAGGGACUCCGCCAGCAUGCACUCCGGCAGGUACGGAUACGGCUACAAUGGCAUGGACCUCAGCGUCGGGCGCUCUGCUUCCACUCACUUUGGUGCCAAUGAGAGACCCCGCAGUUACCCGGCCAACACCACCUCUGCCUCGACAGAGCCCAGGUACAACCAGCCCGCGACGUCUUCCCACUCGCCUCCCCCUGACCCUCUGCCCUGCACCGCCGUGGCCGGUUCGCCUGUCAGCGAGAGUCACCACGGGGUGAAAAACUCCCUCGCCAACUCCACCAGCACUUCGUCCAAUUCCAGCAGCAACACGCACAUCAGCAGAGACGGGGUUGGCACCUCGUCUGGGACUGAGGAAGACACUCCAGCAAGCAGCGAGCAGGCAAGUGCCCCGACCGACCAAAGCACAGCCCAGCCUUCACAGCCCCAGAUCUACCCCUGGAUGCGAAAACUGCACAUAAGUCAUGACAACAUAGGGGGACCAGAAGGGAAAAGGGCUCGGACUGCUUACACCCGCUAUCAGACCCUGGAGCUCGAAAAGGAAUUUCACUUCAAUAGAUACCUGACCCGCAGAAGAAGGAUUGAAAUAGCACAUGCUCUUUGCCUCUCAGAGAGACAAAUAAAGAUCUGGUUCCAAAACAGGAGAAUGAAAUGGAAAAAGGAUAAUAAGCUGAAAAGUAUGAGCAUGGCAGCUGCAGGAGGGGCAUUCCGUCCCUAA